GUGCUGAGAGGAGAGUAUGCCGUGUGCGCUCCUGGCGAAGGGCACGCAAUGGCAGCAGUUCCAGAGUUUAAAGUCAAGUUGUUGACGUUGCCGUCCCGGUCAUCGCAAGCUUCGUCCGCGAAAAUUCACGCUUGGACACACCUCGCCUCCUUUUACCUUCUGUUAGAGGUCCCCAGUUAGCGGCUUUGCCUAAACCCUCCCGCUCCUCACGCUCACUCACACACCCACCCGCCCUAAUUUCUAGUCGUCCGGAGCGUCUGAUCCAUAAUGAGGUUCCUCGGCGCUCUGUUGACGGCCCCCAUCGCUGCUAUCGCGGCCCCCAUCCUCGAGCCGAGAGGCGAAGCUCUUCCCAGGAAAUGGAUCGCGGUUCUCAAGCCGGAGAGCGUCGCUGAAAACGUCCUCGGUAGCGUCACCAGCAUCUUAGGUGGAGUGGCUCCCAGGCAUACCUACAAGCUGGGCGGCUUCCGAGGCUACUCGAUCUCGGCCUCGGAGAGCCUGGUGAAAUCGAUCGCCGACCUCGCUGAUAUCGCCUACAUUGAGCCAGACUACAAAGUCAGCAUCGCAUCCUUCACAUCACAGAGCGCGGCCCCGUGGGGACUGGCGCGGCUGUCGAGCCGGGAACCGAAUGCUACCGACUACAACUACGACGCGUCGGCCGGCGAAGACACCUUCGUGUACGUUAUCGACACGGGGAUCGCUGUCGACCACCCCGAGUUUGAGGGCCGCGCCAAGCUCGGCACCAGUUUCGUCGAGGGCAACACCAAUGACGAGCAUGGCCACGGGACCCACGUCGCCGGCACUAUCGGCUCACUCACCUACGGCGUCGCCAAGAAGACCAACCUCAUCGCCGUCAAGGUUCUCGGCGCCGACGGCUCCGGUGCUAUCAGCCAAGUCAUCGCGGGCAUCCAGUGGGCCGUCGAAGACGCUACUAGUAAGAAAAGGAUAGGGAAGGCGGUAGGCAACAUCUCGCUGGGGGCGCUCCGGCUUCUCUCGUCAUCAGUCAACACGGCGGCGGCAGCGGCUGUGGAGGCGGGCCUGUUCCUGGCGGUGGCGGCGGGCAACGGUAACGUGGAUGCGUCGCAGUACACGCCGGCGUCAGAGCCAACGGUGUGCACGGUCGGCGCGACGGACCCGAGUGAUGAGCGAGCUGUGUUCUCGAACUACGGGUCGCUCGUCGACGUCUUCGCGCCGGGCGUCGGCGUCGUCUCGACGUGGAACAACGGCAGCGUCGCUACGCUCUCGGGCACCUCGAUGGCUACGCCCCACGUCGCCGGCCUCGCUGCUUACCUGAUGCGCCUCGAGGGGCCACGCGACCCCGGCGCCCUGUGCGAGCGCAUCCAAGAGCUCGCGACCCCCGAUGUCAUUGCCAAUUCGCGGUCCAGCCACAACCUGCUCGCGUUCAACGGGAACGUAGAGUAGAAGAGGAAAGAGGGGG